AUGCUGGGUGAUUCAAUUUCAAAAACCAUUGUGGCCCUUUGCGUCCUCAGCAUAUCCAGUUCGACGGUGCUUGCAUAUCCCUACAAAGAUGGCACCGGGUUACGGUACAAUCUGAGGAAAAGAGGACCGGAGCUUUGUCCUGCACGGUACCAAGCCGGACUGGUUCCUUUCUUCGCUUUCCCCCAGUCGGUCUUUGUCGCGAUUACCACCACUGCUCCUACCACCACGGCUAGCAGAACACCUACAACAACGAGCUCUGUUAGCUCGAGCGCUCAAACCACAACCACCACAGGGCCGGCGACUACACCAAGCACCACUGCAAUUACUACCACCAGAACAACUACUAGCUCGACAACUACUCCUUUCCAAGUAGUUUGUCCGAGCUCACCACCUUCAUGCCAAGCGAGCGAUUGUUCCGGCACAGUGGUUGGCGGCACUGCCGCCUGUCGGUCCACAAAUCUCGCACAAUGUAGCUGUAUUCCGUCCGUGAAUACGCCUGGCUAUACUUGCCCCAAUCAGAGCUGUAGCGCAAAUAACUGCAACGGCAGCUUCGACAAUAAUGGUGCAGGUUCAACUUGCAAAAACUAUGGAGCGGGUUGUCCCUGCACGCCAACCACAGCCAUGUGUGGUACAACUCAAAGUUGUGACGCUGGUGGAUGCGCAGGAACAUUUGAUUCUGGAACAGUAGCUACUUGUAAAGCGAACUGGGCUACUUGUCGGUGCGAUCCGAGCCCCAAUACUUGUGGAACACCUCGAGAUUGUGAUGCAAACGGUUGUGCUGGAACAUUUGAUCCAGACGGGGUCGCCACUUGUAAAGCUAACUACGCUACCUGCCGCUGCAACCCGACAUCUAAUAAUUGUGGAAAUGCUGCAUCGUGUGAUGCCGGUGGGUGCGCUGGAAGUUUUGAUUCCAAUGGAAUCGCUACCUGCAAGGGUGCUUACGCCACCUGCCCCUGUAACCCAACGCCAAAUACUUGUGGAAACAUUCAAACUUGUGAUACCGAUGGAUGCGCUGGAUCAUUUAAUUCCGAUGGUAGAGCUACUUGCAAAGGGAGGUAUGCGACCUGCCCAUGUACUCCCACCCAAGGUAGUGGAGGAACCUGUGGGAACCGCGCAGGCUGCGAUUCUGGCAAUUGCGCCGGUAGUUUCGCUGGCCUUGGUAAUGUCCCAUACCCGCGAUGCACCAAUGCUUAUGCGGGUUGUAACUGCAACCCAACAGAUAAUACAUGUGGUACCCCGAGGAGCUGUGCAGACAAUGGAUGCAAUGGAGCAUGGGAUGGAAAUACAGGUAUAGCCCGCUGCACCGGUAAUUUUAUAGGGUGCAGGUGUAUUCCGACACAAGGCAGUGGAGGCACUUGCGGAAACCGCGCAGGUUGUGAUUCUAAUAAUUGCGCUGGUAGCUUCUCUGGCCUUGGUAAUGUCCCAUACCCGCGGUGUACCAACGCUUAUGCGGGCUGUAACUGCGACCCAACAGAUAAUACAUGUGGCACCCCGAGGAGCUGUGGAGACAACGGGUGCAAUGGUGCCUGGGAUGGAAAUACGGGUAUCGCCCGCUGCACCGGCAAUUUCAUCGGAUGCAGGUGUAUUCCUACACAAGGCAGUGGUGGCACUUGCGGAAACCGCGCAGGCUGCGAUUCUAACAAUUGCGCCGGUAGUUUUGCUGGUCUUGGUAAUGUUCAAUACCCGCGAUGCACCAAUGCUUAUGCGGGUUGUAAUUGCAACCCAACAGAUAAUACCUGUGGCACCCCGAGGAGCUGUGGAGAUAAUGGGUGCAACGGUGCAUGGGAUGGAGAUAGCGGCAUUGCGAGGUGUACUGGUAACUUUAUAGGCUGUAGAUGCAACCCUACGUCAGCCACUUGCGGUGCAAGAGCUAGUUGUUUCAGUGGUGGGUGUGCCGGGCGAAGAGGGGGUGAUGGUGUUUGGCGGUGUACACAGAAGUAUGCACCAUGCGGUUGCUACUACAAUUCCUUCUGGGGAUUCCUCGAUAGAGAUGCAGGGUACACUGGAGGCAGAUACGAGCUUAGAUCGAACGACAACGAGUGCACGAAUUUGCCGUCGAACUGGAAUGACGUCGCCAGCUCGAUUUCGGUCAUUUCUUGGGUUGUAAACUGUCAGUUUUAUGAGAAUAUAAACUGUGGUGGGCUUAGUAUUUAUGGUACUUCGCAGCGUAACGCCGGGAAUAACCCUUGGGACCUCCAAGGCGCAAACUCUUACUUCAACGACAAGAUUUCUUCUUAUAAGUGUUGGCUUGAUCCUCUGACUUGGUGUGGGGAUACACCUUGCCAUGGAUAA